AUAAAACCCUUUAGAGUCAAUAAAGAGACACAAACAUAUCAAAAAGUAUAUGCACAUAGAAAUGACCUCACUAAGUUCAUUUCGGUUCCUUUCUUUAAUUCUUCUACUUUUGAUGAUCAUCAAUCCAUCUCAAUCUCAUUUUUCUGAGUUGAAUAAUGGAAAUGAUGUUGUCCAUGUUUCUUUGUAUUAUGAAUCUUUGUGUCCAUUUAGCAAAGAUUUCAUUUUGGAAGUACUUGAGAAAUUCACUAAAUUAGAUGUUAUGUCUAUUGUCAACCUCCAUUUGGUUCCUUAUGGCAAUGCUUUUACAAGUCAAAAUGGAACAGUUUCUUGCCAGCAUGGUCCUGAUGAAUGCUAUUAUAAUAUCAUAGAAGCAUGUGCUCUUGAAGCUUGGCCAUUGAAAUAUAGUUUGCCAUUCAUCUUUUGUGUUGAGAAUGGUUUAUUUACAAAUGGAAACCCUAGUGUUUGGGGAUCAUGUUGCAACCGUCUCAGAUUGGACCCAAGACCCAUCCAAAAUUGUUAUUCAAGUAAACAUGGAAAUGAGCUCCAUAUACGCAAUGGUAAAGAAACAAAUGAUCUCAAUCCACCUCUUACUCAUGUACCUUGGCUCCUUGUGAAUGGCCAGUAUGUGGAUGCUGAAAAUGAUGAUCUACUGAAUCAUGUGUGCAAUGCCUACAAGGGUCCUUUGAAAUUCAAAGCUUGCCAAAAGAAAGAAAAGUGAUAUUGGUGAACAACAUAUAUAAUAAGGGGGUGUUCCCAUAUAAUAAUGACCAUCACAAUCACAUUGUAGAGUUGUUUUUAUUUUUAAUAAAUUUUUAUUAUUAUUUUCUGUUUUAAAUUUAGUCUUUUUCUAUUUUGAACUUUUAAGUAAAAAGUACAAUUUGACAUGUUAAAAGAUUAAUUUUAAAAUAUUUGCUUAAAUGUAA